GGAGCUGGUCGUGACUCGUGCCCGCAUCAAACAUCAUGCAUGCACGCACCCAUUGGCCCUUGCCAUUGGCCCUGGGAACUUCAAUGUUCAGCAGAAAGAAGAUGUCUUCUGUAUGCCAUUGCUAGAAACGACGCUAGCAGCUCGCAGUACUGAUGCGGAUAUGCGACGUUGGAUGCAUUCUUUGGGACGUGGCAUGUGUUUCGAGAUGGGUAAGUUUGUACUUUGAAAGCGGGCCACUCAUCUUGGGACGGUUGCGUCAAGGAUUGGGUUUCCUGCAUUCGUAAAAUGCCUGAGGACGCCCUUCACCUCCAAACCUCAGCAGCUGUCAAACACGUUUGAAGAUGCCGCCCGAUGUGUCCCCACCUUCAGAAAGUGGGCAAAGAGAAGGACAAUUGGACUCCAGCGAGGCGCUAGCGCCGGAAGAUGACGCGGGACGGUGGAAUGCGCAGAAGUGGGCCAUCCAAGAAGCGGCGGCGACCCAUUUCACGUUGGACAUGCUGGCGGCUGCAGUGGCAGGGGGGAUCACGCAGACUGCGGUCGCUCCAAUUGAAAGAGUAAAAGUCCUGCUCCAAACGCAAGACGGCAACAGGCAGGUGCUUCUCUCCGGCAAGCGGUACACGGGCAUCAUUGACUGCGUGCGGCGGGUCAUCCGGGAGCAGGGGUUUCUGUCUCUCUGGCGGGGCAACGGGGCCGACAUGAUGCGGCACGUGCCGACCUCGCAGCUCAACUUCGCCUUCAGGGACCUGUACCGGGACCUUCUCGGGAAGUAUGACAAGCAGAACGACUUCUACAAAUUCUUCGGGGCGAACCUCUUGGCGGGGGCUGGUGCGGGGGCGACUGCGCUCUCCAUCACGUACCCGCUCGACUUUGCUCACACCAGGCUUGCAGCGGAUGUUGGGUACGGCACUGCGGGCCGCCAAUUUUCGGGGGUCAAAAAUGUGAUUAGCACGAUUUAUAGGUCAGACGGGUUGCGGGGCUUAUACAAAGGCUUUGGGGCUUCGAUCCAGGGGAUCAUCGUACACCGGGCCUUGUACUUCGGCAUGUAUGAUUCUUUCAAGGAUCUGUACAUCGAUGACAACGAACCGGGGGCGUUGUACAAGAAGUGGGGUAUAGCACAAGCGGUGAGCACCACUUCAGGUCUGGUAGCCUACCCGUUCAACACAGUUAGGCAUAGGAUGAUGAUGCAGUCGGGAGACCUAGAUGCAAUGUACAAAAGCACGCUGGACUGUUGGCGGACUAUAUUUCGCGUCGAGGGGGUUCGUGGCUUUUACAAAGGGGCGUUGUCAGGUGUUAUGCGAAGUACAGGUGCCGCAUGGGUCCUUGUUUUAUACGAUGAAUUUAAGAAGCGCUUUCAUUAAUUGCUGUCAACCGGUUUUUCAAUUUUCCCCGCAUUGGUAAUUGCCACGAGUUCAGAUAGAAGCAAAUCAGUUAAAAACAAGUUAGUGGGGCCCAAUUAUGCCCAUUGUGCCGCAAGAAUUCCCGUUGCUGUUCAUAAAGCCCGACCUCCGGUGCCUGCUUAGCAUCACCGAUUUCAAGUAUUUCCUGCG